UAUACGAUCGGCCAACGGUCCCAAAGUCCGAACCGAGACAGCGACAUGUGGUCAAGAGGCGUCAACAGCAAUGCGACUGCAACGCGCCUUCUCAAGGAGAAGAAAUGGGACGCGCUGGUCAUCGGCGCCGGCCACAACGGUUUGAUAGCAGCCACUUACCUCGCUCGUGGAGGCCUCUCUGUGGCUGUGCUCGAGCGCCGCCACGUUAUUGGUGGCGCAGCCGUGACCGAGGAACUCAUCCCGGGAUUCAAGUUCUCUCGCUGCAGCUACCUCCUCAGCCUCCUCCGUCCCUCCAUUAUCAAGGAAUUAGAGUUGGUGAGACAUGGGCUGAAGUUGUUGAAGCCGAUAUCUCAAUCGUUUACGCCUUGUCUUGAUGGGCGUUAUCUUCUUUUGGGGCCGGAUGACGAACAAAAUUAUUUGGAGAUGUCAAAGUUCUCGAAACGAGAUGCUGAUGCUUAUCCAAGAUAUGAAACUCAACUACAAAAGUUCAGUAAAUUCAUGGAUUUUCUUUUGGAUUCACAAACCCCUGAAACUCUCCAAUGGGAUUCAUCUUUAAAUGAUUGGCUGAGGGAUAAGUUGCACAAAUCAGUUUUCUGGACUCGUUGCCUGAAGCAUGUUCUCUCCUUGGGGCAAAAAGAUAUGGUGGAUUUUUUGGACCUUUUGCUCUCCCCAACAUCAAAGGUUCUGAAUAAGUGGUUUGAGUCGGAUGUAGUGAAGGCAACACUUGCAGCUGAUGCUAUGAUUGGAAGUAUGGCAAGUAUCCAUACACCUGGGAGUGGAUAUGUCCUGCUACAUCAUGUGAUGGGUGAAACUGAUGGUGAACAUAAUAUUUGGUCGCAUGUUGAAGGUGGGAUGGGUACUGUAUCUCUGGCUAUUAGUAAUGCUGCUAAAGAAGCUGGUGUUCAUAUUUUUACAAAUGCAGAGGUUUCAAAAUUGGUCAUUGAAGAGUCUGGCAGAGUAAUUGGGGUAUUGAUGGUUGAUGGGGAACGAUUGCAUUCUUCAAUUGUUUUGUCAAAUGCGACACCUUACAAGACUUUCAUGGAGUUGGUGCCUCAAAUUUUUCUUCCAGACGACUUUGUUCGUGCUAUCAAGUACUCCGAUUAUAGUUCUGGAACGACAAAGAUUAAUGUAGCUGUUGAUAAAUUGCCGCAGUUCCAGUCUUGCAACUUGAAUCAUCCAGAGGUGGGCCCUCACCAUACAGCCACCAUUCACAUUGGUUCGGAAAGUAUGGAGGAGAUUGGUUUGGCUUGUCAAGAUGCUUGGAAUGGCUUACCAUCACGGAGGCCUGUUAUGGAGAUGACAAUUCCUUCUUCAUUGGACAAGACUAUAUCUCCACCUGGUAAGCAUGUGGUCAGCUUAUUUACACAAUACACACCAUAUAAACCUACGGAUGGUAGCUGGGAAGAUCCUACAUAUAGAGAACUAUAUGCACAAAGAUGCUUCAAUUUGAUUGAUGAAUAUGCCCCUGGCUUCAGCUCAUCAGUCAUUGGUUAUGACAUGCUAACACCACCAGAUCUUGAAAGGGAAUUCGGUCUGACAGGUGGGAAUAUAUUUCAUGGUGCUAUGGUUUUGGAUUCACUUUUCUUGAUGCGACCCGUGAAACAAUGGUCAGAUCAUAGGACGCCAAUUAGAGGGCUGUAUAUGUGUGGAAGUGGAUCACAUCCUGGAGGAGGGGUGAUGGGUGCAGCCGGCCGUAAUGCCGCAUAUGUGGUUCUUCAUGAUGUUAAGAAGCAUUCUCGUUAGAAGUCGCUAUACAUUUACGAUUGAUGCAUCUCUCUCCAGUUGGAUUGCUUCUGUUAUUUGUAACAGAACCUUCAGUUAUCUUGGAUCUCCCCUCGGAGCUUAAUGGUCAAAGUGCUCGGGAUCUGAGUUUUAGGCUGUAGUUUUUAGAUUCGAUUCCAUAUUUGGGAUACUAUGUUUCAUUCUAGCGUUGGGAUCGCGUAUUUAAGAUUUAGCCAAUGUUUGGAUGCAAGUAAAAGUAAGACUAGUUUGCUAGUUUAGAUUUGAUUCCACCAAACAGAAACAGAUUUGGCUACCAGGGCGAUAGAACUGGAGGCAAUUUCUAACCUGCAUUAUGUGUAAAUGCGGCUUCCAUUAAUCGAUGUCUGUAUAGACGUGCAACCAAACCUUUGUCUCUUCAACACACGCAUGCUCACAAUCGAUUUAUGACAGAUGCAGCCGUGCAACAGCCAAUCACCCGAAAUUGCGAUCAUGCGCGCGGGCGUGUUUGUACCUUCGGGUGCGUGUUGAACUGUUAUAAUCACGAGGGUUAAAGGUUUA